AUGGGUUUUCACGGUGCUUGGCUUCAAGGAUUUCGUCGUUGGGUUUUGGUUCCACCUGACGAACGACCGCCCUUCGGCUGCCGUUCGGCCCCUUGCGACGACGACUCCGAUCGCACCUCGACGUCCGGAAGCUCCGCACCUCGAGGUCCGACCGAUCGACGCGUGGAGCACGUCGUGACCUGGGUGACCCGAAAGCUGGGCACGUGUCGUUCUAAGAAGGUGGCGCGACCGGGCCUGGACGAACAGCGCGAAAGCGACGGGCCCUUUGGCCCUCGAGAACAAG